GGCGCACGUUCCUCCUUGGACGAACGAUCGCAAGAGUUAUUUCGAUAGAAAGCAGAAACAUUGCGAAACACAGUUUGUAUUCUGCCUUCCAUCGUUAAAAACAAUAAUCAUAAGUUAAUCUUCGAGUUUUCAAUCUUGAAUUAACCCGAUAACAUCCUUAUGCAUGGAUUUCAUUUGAGAUGGAGCGACCGAAUUGAAAGACUGCAAAAGGAGGCAAGUUAUGGAAUUCGUCUGCCAGUUUGAUGUUAGGGAAAUCUUGGGCCAGGGAUCUUUUAGUGAAAUCAAAAGAUGCAUCGAUAAACGGACGAGACAAGCUUUCGCUGUGAAGGAAAUUAGCUGUGACACGCAGGAACAGAGGGAGAGAAUUGAACAUGAAAUCGAGAUUCUCCAUGAACUUAAUCAUCACAACAUUCUUAAGCUUCAUCACUGCUAUCCUGCUUUUGACAAAUACUACUUGGUCUUAGAACUGGCGUUUGGAGGAGAGCUUUUCGAGGACCUGGUAUCCAGAAAUGCCUUCUCAGAGAGCACGGCACGUGAGGCGAUGCUACAGCUGUUUACUGCUGUGGAAUACAUCCACGGGCUCAGAAUUGUACGUAGGAAUAUCAGACCUGAAAAACUUAUUCUUACCUGGAGGUCAGCGGAAAACAACAAUCAUUUCCCUCCACUGAAACUCAGCGGAUUUGGUUUGGCCAAAAAACUACCAGAACAUUCCGACAUCAUUUCUUGUCCAAUAGAGGGAUCUCCAUUAUAUCUUGCCCCCGAAACAGUGACAAGACAACCAAUUGGUAGGGAAGUAGACAUUUGGGCGUGCGCUGUGAUAUUCUAUACAAUGCUGGCUGGUUACCCUCCUUUCUGGAGCACAAAUCGAGGUGAACUCUUCGGAGUUAUUGCGCUUGGAAAAUAUAAUUUUCCAGAUCAAGAGUGGAAAUCUAUAUCUGAUGGUGCUAAGCGGCUGCUAAAAGGCAUGCUCAUGGUCGAUCGAAAUGAACGAGUGACAGCGACAGAACUUGUGAAAGAUCCGUGGACCCAAAAUAGAAAGUUAUCUACGGCUCAUCGGAAGGGGACUCUGGAUCAUCUAAGUGCUUUUAACGCCAAAAGGAAGCUCAGGGGGGCUGUGUACACAAUCUUUGCCAUGAAGAGAAUGAUGGAAAACCCAGAACCUUUGCCUCUGACAAAUGGUGUCAAAUCAUAGAAUAAGAUUAUUUAGAUAUAAGCACAGUAUUUUAAACUCAAAAUAUUUUCUCGUUGCAAAUGGAAAUGGACUUCAUGAGUGAUGUUAGUGCCUGGUUAGUUUGAAGAUCUAGACUCCUAACAGUAGUCAGUAUUUUGUUAGUUCUUGCGUCAUUCUUACGAUGUGCAUUAAUUUUGGCAAUACAUGGAAAUUGCCACUUGAAGUAAGGUUCAAUUUUGCCUCCCCUGAUAUCAUUUAAUUUAAUGACUAUGUAAACACCAAAUAGCCCAGUUUUAAGUUUAUAAAGUUUGAAAAAGAGAAAUCUUAUGUCUCCUCUCGCAGUGGGGUGUGGAGAGGAUUUUAGGGAUGUUGAGGUGAAGGGCUAGUCUCGUCCCAGACCUUUCACGGUCAAGUGGUAGUUACACGGUAAGAUCUGGGUACGAGAUUAGAGAAGGGCUGUUCACUGGCAUUUUAAUUUGGUUUUAAACGAGUUCUAAAUUUUCGACUGAACCCGUUCUUUUCUUCGAGUUGUCGUUUUAUUUUAUUUCGUACAACUAGUAUUUAAAGCUAAACAAAUGGGAAAUAGAAACGCUUUUCAGAGAAUUUGAUUGGAAAUAUUCGGUCUCUUUUUAUCUAGUAGAUGAGCAGAAUUUUUUUCGUUUACAAAUGAAAGAGAAGAUUGUAGAUUCUUGAUAGAAGUGAAAACUUGCCGAAUUGAAAAAGCUUUGUGGUAUACAGUAAAGUUAUUACUUAGAGGAGAGACGGAAAUAAAAAUAAUUUAACAGUC